UCUGGCCCCGCCCUCACGGCACAAAGCUAACUCAAAGCUGAACAGCAUAAUUUAGCGCAUGAUGCCCAUAAACAAGAAGGGCAGUAUCAGCUCGGUUGCUGAUAUUUUGUUUAAUAGACGAAUAUUUUGAAGCUGUAGUAUUGGAUAGACUGUAAACACCGAUAGGCAGCAUGGCAGAGUCCUCGCCAUUAUCUGGAGUCAAUGUUGUUUUGGUCAUGGCCUAUGGGAGCUUGGUGUUUGUGCUGCUGUUUAUCUUCGUCAAAAGGCAAAUCAUGCGCUUUGCAAUGAGAUCCCGCCGGGGCCCACAUGUGCCUAUUGGCCACAAUGCACCAAAGGGUUUGAGGGAGGAGAUUGAGUCCAGAUUGUCCAAGGUCCAUGAGAUACGUUAUGAACCUCGUCUCCUGUCAGAAGAAGACGACAGGCUGAAGCGGGGAUCACAAAUUAGUUGCUACAACUACCUGUACAGAAUGAAAGCUCUGGAUGCCAUCCGUGACUCAGGAAUUCCUUUGCAGGAGAUAAGUGGCAACCCCAGUGCAUUUACUGGACGCAGCUUCAGGAACUGGCUGGUUGAGCUGCGCAACUCCCACUCUCUGAUAAAGAGCAGCCGCAGUGCACUCAUUGACCGUUUGCUUGAAGGCUACGACAGCGCUCGCCAUGGAACUGGGGUGUUUGGGGAAGCUGAGUUUCUUGAAUAUCAGCAAGCUCUCAACGAAUUGGCUGACGUUGUGAAGGCCUAUUCCAGCACCACCAGCCUCGACCAGCAUCACCAAUCCGCAGCCAAGGACCUGACAGGCUCUCCUGUCCGCAGCACUCCCUCCACCAUCCAGGUCACCUACCUGCCUUCCACUGGCCAGCGCAGCAAGAGGCCCAAACACUUUCUGGAGCUCAAAAGUUUCAAAGACAACUACAACACACUGGAGAGCACGCUGUGAUACGCUGACUGUCAGAAUGUGGUUUUGUGGUGUGUGAUCAGUCUGCUGGGAAGCAAUAAGCUGUAACAGACUAAUGAGUUGGUUUCAAAAAUGAGCUUUAAACCAUCAAAUCACAAAAAGACUUACAGCAAGCUCAGAUAGGACAGUGUCUGAGAGCAUUGCCAUCCUCCAUUAUUUGUGAUGUAGAAAAUGAUAUAACUGUUAAAGUCUUGCUGUCCCAGCAUUUUUUUUUCUUUUACUGUGUGUUGGUUUGUUGUAAAUUGUGUGCAGAGGAAAACAAUUGUUGCCAGCCUGGCGCAGAUUUCAUUUCAUUUUUGUAAAAGGAGGAAGUCACCAGAAUUAAUUUUUUUCUUGCAAGUUGAAAUUGUAAAUACAAAUGUUUGAUUAAUGUACAAAUGUAAGAUAUUUAUAUUAACUUAUUUAAUUCAUGUGUUUAUGUAUAUGGUUAUAGUUUUUUGUGGUUUAAGGGAACUUUCCCCCCCUCUUCUUCAUAGUCAGUGUCCCAAGAUUUCCACUAGGUGGCGGUGUGAGGCCAUGGAGGAGGGAUGUAGCGACGCACGAUAAAAGCAUUGCAAAACAAAUGAAUUGGAUAAACCAGUUCUUUUAUUACAUUUAAAUAAAAUUGGAUGAAAUUUACAGCAAAAUGACACAGACUGAAUUUCAAGGUAUCUACACUGUUCACAGU